AAUAACAUUUUCAUAGUUUCUAAAGGCACCUCCAUUCGAUUAACGUCGUUCGAAUGUACAUGUGAAUUUUGAAAGCCCCAACAAUGGAUACACUGAACACGAUCGCAACGGCACUUAACCUGGUCGAUUCCAAGAAAGAGAAUCUGAAGAAAGCCUUCGAUGAUCUUCAAUCCCUUCUCUCUCCUCUUCCUCUCGCAUGGUCAGACCUCGAUUCUCACUUCACCUCGCUCCACCACUCUCUCUCCCACCGCCUCCGCCUCCUCCAAUCCCAAACCCUAACCCUAACCACAACCCCAAUUCCCGACCCACCUGCUCAAACCCCUAAUGAAGCAAAAUUUUCAUCAAACCCUAAAAACUCAUCAUCGAAUCAUGACGAAUCUUCACCUGGGGUGUUCCCCCAAAACGACGCCGUUCCAGGCCCGGUUGCACCUGGAAACGAAUUGGUCGUUCUUUGCGAGAAAAUGGACGGCGUGGGGCUGAGAAAUUACGUCCAUGACAAUUUUUUGGACAUGGCCAGGGUUCAGGCGGAGCUUCCCGGUGCGUUUCGCCAUGCGCCGGACGCGGGUGCGAUGGUUCUGGAUGCGUUGGAGGGGUUUCAUGGAGAUGGUAGCGGAUUGAAGAAAUGGGAAUUGAGGAAUAUGAGGAAGAGCUGUGUUGUGCUGUUGAGGCAAUUCAGGGUUGCCGCUCUAAGUGUGAGUGCUGAGGCCAGUUUGAGAGCUGUGAAGUUGGCCCAGGCAUGGAAGGAGAAGUUGGUGGGUGAUGAUAACAACGCGUUUGAAGCUUUGGGGCUUUUGCAUUUGAUUGCUGCAUUUGGUUUGGUGUCUGAAUUCAGCUGGGAUGAGCUUGUUGACUUUUCGGUCGUGGCCCCCGCCAAUGAGGAGUUCCCAGAGCUGUGCCGAGCUGUCGGGUUGACAGAGAAAGUUCCCGAUAUUGUUCAGAAACUUAUAGAUAAGGACAAACAUAUCCCUGCUGUCAAGUAUAUUCUUGAGUUUAAUCUUGCUGAUAAGAUUCCACCUGUUCCUGUUUUGGAAGCUGCUGUGGAUGAGGCUAAGAAACUUGGUAGAAAACUUUCCGAAGAAGGAAAUUCAUCUAGUGAGAGUACUGCUAGAGAAAUUCAUACACUGAAAUUGGUGAUCAAGAUUAUUGAGAAUUUUAAGCUUGAAACUGAACACCUACGAGCCAGCGUUGAGCAGCGUAUAGAGCAAUUAAAGAAGCAGAAGACAAAUAAUAAACGAUCUACUCCAGCACCUGCUUCAAAACCUCAACAUAAGCAGCAACAACAACAGCAAAAGAGGAAUAUGCAAAAGCAGCAGCAGACUUGGAUCAAGCAUCCUCGAGCAUCUGCUCCAGUUGUUGCUACAGCUGUCCUCAAGAAUGCCAAUUCAGCAAUGCACCACUACCAGCAAACUCGUGUCCAUCCAUCAGGUUUGUUUCCAGAGCAUCCAAAUCCCUAUAGGAGCUCGCCAGCCGUGCCAUUUGGCAUGAUGGCUUCUACCGCAAAAUUUCUUCCAUAUGCAGGUCCUUCAGCCGGAUCUUAUUAUGGCCAUGAUGGUGUCCCAAUGGGUCCCCGUGGCAACCCCAAUGUAAGAGUUUCUCAUCUAAGUUCAUCAGAGCCACAAGUGCCAACUGGUGGUUAUUAUGAUAGAACCUCUACCUUUGGUGGUAGUGGUCUGCAACAUCAUUACCAAGCAUCUUAUUACCCUCAAUAGAUUACUAAUUCAGUUAUUUUGUCAGUAUUCAAGUUUUUACACCCAGACUGUGUAGUCCUCACAAGUUAGUCUGGGACUUUACUUCAUUGACACAGGGCAAGUAGAUUCUGUAACUAAGAAUUGUGAGGGAAUGUCCAGUGUCACAAUUUUUUAUUACUUGAAUCACUCUGUAAUUGUAUGUAUAGAAUUUACUUCUAGGUUAAUCAUGGUCAUGGGCACAUGGAUCUUCUCAUUCUCUCUAGCUCAC